GAACUUCAAAAAAAGAAUUUAAUUAACUUUUUGUUUCAUUUCAUUCAGUAGAAAUUUCACAAGAAUUUAAAAUUUUAGGAUUAUGAUAAAUUAAAAAUAUUGAUUGCUCUUCUAUUACAUUACAUUAUUAUCAAUCCAUACACACAUUCAAAUAUAUUUAGAUUGAUAUUGAUUUUUAAAUUUACGCAAAUGACAUCAAUAAUUGAAAAUGGGUUCAUCCGAACUAAUAACCAUUAAAGUAGUAGCCACCUAAGCAGUCUUUAAUAUAGCAGUAGUAACUUCAAAUCAUAUGAUAAUUUUAACAGCUAAUCAUUCUUUGCCAAUUUGGGAGUGUCUCCUUAAGAUUAUACAAUGACCUAUGCAGAUUUAGAGUAAACAUUAAAUAAAUACAAAAGAGGCAACCCUUCUUUAAUUAAUUAAGAAUUUAAAUACAAAAUUACGACAAGGCAUAUUAUUCAAAAGCAAGAUCUUUAAAAUACUUUCAAGACAUCAACGAAUUAAUAACAAAGUAGCAAUAUAAAGAGUGAAAGAUUAGAAUAUGAAAUAGGAAGAAUGAAAACAGAAGAAGAUGAAGAUAUAAACAAAAUACUUAAAGUAUAAUAAUAGAUAUUAGACAUAAAAAAAGAAUUUGAAGAAAUUAAAAAGAAUAAUAACAAUAAACCUUUUUCAAAUAAUGAUUCCUCUUCAUUUUUUUAGAAUUAUCAAGGACUUUCUAAUAGUAAAUCACCAAAAGAUAAUACAAAAUUUUUUAAUGCCCCAGCAAUUGAGGCAUAAAACUUGAAUUAUCAAUUCAAGCAAGAAAACAUUAAUACCCCUAACUUCACUAUUCCUAACACUCUUGACACAAAUUAUUUAGCUCCAACCUCAAUUCAAAAAAAGUCAUUCUAAUUUGAAAACCCAUAAACUACUAUAAACUAAGGAACAACAAACUACACAACAUAUUUAACUGAAAGCUUUACUCCUCCUCCAACCAGAUAUGCCUUUAUUGUAGAUUAAUUUGGAAGUGAUUAGUAAAGCAAUGAAAAAAUGAAUACCUCUUCACUUACAAGUCUAGCCACUUCAUAAAAUGUAUUUAGAUCAAGUACAAUUAAAAAAGAAGACCCAUUAAACACUGAAGAACUUAAAUUAUCUGAUUUAGCUCCACCUUAUCCUGUUUAUCAAUAAGAUUAAAAUAUUUAAGUUUAAAAUAUUGACAUUAGCUAAUUGAGAUCAGAUUAACUCUAACGUUUAAGCAUAAUCAAAGAAGAAGAAAUAGAUGAAUCUUAACUAGAAUCUUAAUAGUUUUCUUAAAGGCAUCCAUAAAAACAAAAUAGUUAGCACGCUAUAAACGUAUAACAAAAUCCAUAUAUAAAUGAAAUCAGAGUUUAUAUAGCUUAGCAUGAUUUAGAUAAAAAUUAAGCUAAUACUCUAACUGAUAACUAAUUUAAAAUGUCAUAAGUUUCUUAAUCAUAAAGUAUAAUAAAUAAAAUAGCAGAAAUAGAUUAAAAAGUUAAAUAGGUACUCUCUAAAAGUGAUAAAAAACUAAAGGAGUGA